AUGAUUAUGUGUGCCAACGUUAGUAGAACUCACAAAAUUCCCUCACUGAUUAUUGACACAGCUAAGAAAGCACGGUGUUUCGGUAAAGCUCAUCAGUUACCAAUCACCUACAAGGGACAGAAAAGUGCCUGGAUGGAUCGAGGACUCAUCAAGAAAUGGAACACAGAAGUCUUCUUUCCAGAAUUGCAAGCAAAACAUGGUUCAGAGGAAAAUUGUCUCCUGUUGCUGGAUAACGCGGGCUCACAGGCUUCUGCUGAAGAAUUAAAUAGCAUCAGCCAAUUACGUCAUGCAAUGGAUCUUCCGCCGAAUGUCACUGCUCUUAUUCGAAGAAUGAAUCAAGGAGUGAUUGAAAAAACCAAGAGAAUUUUACGUAAAAACAUGUUGAGACGCCUAUUGUUGGAUAAUGAUACAGCCAGCCUGAAUACAUUCUUCAAAAAUAGGACUAUUUUGGAUGCUUGA